AUGUCUCGUCUUAGCUUGCUAGCAUUGGCACUUUGCUUGACGGCUGCUUCAGCUCGGGUGUUGGUAACACCUACUGGAGCAGCUUUCCUGACGACAAAAUCGCCUUCGCGUCGUGACGAAGCCGUUGCUAUACCGACGUUCACAUUCGGUCCUGAGGACGUAUACUUCCCAGCUGCGGCCACUAAUCCAGAGCCCCGCGGGACGGAGAUUCAGGUAUAUCCUACCGGGGUUUACGACGCAUGGCCAUCCGAUGGUAUCACUAUCGCAUUCGGUCCGGAGCUACGCGGACAGGUUGAGACCGUGCGGGCGCAAAGCUGCAACAAUAAACCAGUUGAAGAGUGUCAAAACGCUUUGAACGCGGUGCUGCAGAGUACUGAUGUCUCUACUCAUAUCAAACGUUUUGAUCCGGGCACCUUACUUCUUGUCGCAUGGGGCGUAGGUGCUUUGAUUGGCUUUGCCAUCGCUAUUUACAAGCAUGAUCUAGGAAAAGAGAUGAGGUUUCGUCCAGAGGACCUCCGUCAAAUCCAUUCGAUAGCCGCUGCACAGGAAAUCGCCGUUGUGACAGCCUCGGAUGGGGGCGCUGCAUUGGCCACUUUGACGUACCAACCACCUGCAACGACUACCGUUACUGGCGGUCACGAAGCAGGAGAUUUCGUUUACAAUAUUCCGAAAACCACAGCUGAGCGCAUUGAAGACUUCCUGGGCAUGACAGGUCUUCAAGAAACACAGCAGAUCUGUCAGGGCCAGAGCUUCAAGCGUGCUGAUCCUACUGAGGAAUGUAUUGAACGCAUCCUGCACCAUGCCAUGAGUCUUGUUGAUACCGGCCCGGACGACCUCAUGGCAUUGGCGCAGGCAAACGUUCCGAUUGAGCCGGCCGCCGGCCAGGCCAUCGGCUUUCCGAUCCCCAACAUCUAUAUCGGUGAAUCCGUGGCCUUCGUUCGAAUGUAUCGACGAAUGUCUAGUGCUACAGCGACAACCCCUCAGGCAGAUCAGAAUUGA